AUUUUAACUCCCCGUGAUAGUGCAAAAUAUCAAUACAAAGACAACGAAGAACUCAGUCCAACGUCCAUAGUCAGAGUACAAGCCGAAGUACAAAAGCAGCAGCGGCAAAUUCGAAGCCAAGAUUUUCAGUUCCAUUUGGAGAAGCGAUGACGAAAGAGAGAGAACUACUCGUUUACUCUGCUAAAUUGGCUGAACAAGCUGAGAGAUAUGAAGAGAUGGUUGAGGAAAUGAAGAAACUUGCGAAGUUAAAUGUGGAAUUGACAGUGGACGAGAGAAAUCUGCUAUCUGUUGGCUAUAAGAAUGUAAUAGGAGCUAGACGAGCUUCCUGGCGUAUUCUGUCUUCAGUUGAACAGAAGGAAACUACCAAACAUAAUGAGAAGAACGUGGAACGGAUAAUUGGUUACAGGCGUGGGGUUGAAGAUGAGCUCUCUAAAAUAUGCAGUGAUAUAUUGUCAAUCAUUGACCAACAUCUCCUUCCAUGUUCCUCCGCUGGAGAAUCUACUGUGUUCUACCAUAAGAUGAAAGGAGACUACUGUCGGUAUUUGGCUGAGUUUAAAUCUGGUGAUGAGCGUAAACAAGUUGCGGAUCAGUCAUUAAAGUCUUACGAGGCUGCUUCUGCAAUUGCUAACUCUGACUUGUCUCCAACUCAUCCUAUAAGACUUGGCUUGGCUCUGAAUUUCUCUGUUUUCUACUAUGAGAUAUUGAAUUCCCCUGAAAGGGCCUGCCACCUUGCUAAGCAGGCCUUUGAUGAGGCUAUUGCAGAACUUGACAGUCUCAAUGAGGAAUCCUACAAGGACAUUACCCUUAUUAUGCAGCUCCUUAGGGACAAUCUAACUCUGUGGACAUCCGAUCUUGCAGACGAAGGCGGAGAGCAGUCCAAUGCCGAUGAACUUUAGGUAGAGUGUUAAUCCACAUGACACUUGGUUACUGGGGUUGAAGCAUUGAACGAUGGAACACGCAUUAGUUAAUAGUUGUUAUUAACUGUUAUUUGGGUAUGUUGAUAGGACACAAUAGGGUUCACUGAAAUUGUUAGCUCCGUUUUCUAUUCUCUGUUUUGAAAUGUUGUCUGCCUUUUCCAUUUUCUUUUUUGAACAACGUGUACCUGUAUGUUCUUUAUUGAUUUAUUUCUCAUAUUUGUCGUA